AUGAGGUCAAAAUUAAUUAAAGACGAGUCAAACCGCACAUCCGUGCCCUUCACCCUGGAAUGGACGAUCCAGAACGUGGCAACGUACAAAACCGACCCACGGAGAAUGUUCAGUACCGGCACUACCUUACGCGCCAUGGGAUUGUCGGAAUACGCUGCGCGCUGGCGGAUUAGCUUCAAGUGCGGCUACCAAUCAUUGGAUCGUCCCGAGGCCACUUACUUCUCGGCAUUCCUGGCCCUCACUGACGAAGAUGUGCAGUCGCAGGGUUAUACCGGUCCAAAAGAAAUCCAGGCGCAAUACCGUUUAAAAGUGCUCACCGGAAAAGUAAACAAGGUCACCAUCUACGAAAUGGCAGCGAAAUCGGCGAUAAGGACGUUUUCAUCAGCGCUCUGCCUGUGGGGCUACCCAACGCUUCUGAAUCACGAAGAUGUGUUCGGCAAGGGCGCGACAAAGGCAUUACAAGACGACACUAUCACCAUCGUUGUGGAUGCUGCUAUGUUUACCGGCACGGAAACGGUUCAGAAACCCGCACCGGAAUAUCUUCUCUCAUCGAAGUUGGACGAAUUCGUCAAGCGCCACACCGACAUGUUAAAAUCCGAGCACUUUCGCAGCACCACCGAUUUCACUCUGCAGUCCGUCGACGGGACUGAGUUCCGUGUACACCGCUUCCAGUUGAUGACGCAUUCGCCGGUCUUCGCCGCCAUGCUGACGCAUGAUUCGCAGGAGAAACAGAGUGGACGCUGUGAACUGGCGGAUAUCGACAAGGAAACCGUGGAAAUUCUUGUGGAUUAUCUUUACGGAGGAGAGGCACCAAAGUUAACCGUCAGCAAUGCUGAGAAGACGCUGCAUAUGGCCGACCAGUAUCAGAUUAUGGAUUUGAGUGCGGCGUGUGAGCAGAUUUUAUGCGAUGGUGUCAGUGUGGACAAUGCCGUGCAUCUGCUUAUUCUGGCCCGUCAGCGGAAUUUAACUGCGUUAACCGAUGCCGCCCUGGCUUUCAUCGGUGACCACAUGGAAACAGUCUUGCAUGAUGCCGCAAUGGAGGAAAUUGGAAAACUGGACCUACAAGCCAUACAGGCCAUUAUGAAGCACUGCGGAAAAGGCAAAUAG